ACUAGGGAGGGGAAAUGGAAUUUUCGACCCAUAUUUUGUAACGCCCUUCAAAAUUUACUAAUCUCAUCACUUCCUUUCCCUUCGAUGCCGUCCUCCGCCCCAUCUCCUCCUCUUUCCGUCCCCCUCUCCACCCCGGUUUCUGCCGGAUCCGCCCCCGUCGCCAUCCCUGCCUUGCGCCUCUUCCUGUCGCGCCUCAACGAUUCCAUCAACCGCUCUCUCUCCGAUCGCCGCCCCUGGUCUGAGCUCGCCGACCGCUCCGCAUUCUCCCGCCCGGAGUCCUUCUCCGAUGCCACCUCCCGCCUCCGGAAGAACCUGGCGUACUUCCGCGUUAACUACGCCGCGGUCGUGGCCUCCGUCCUCGCCGUCUCCCUCGUCACCAAUCCCUUCUCCUUCCUCGUCCUCCUCACGCUCCUCGUCGCCUGGUGCCUCCUCUACCUCUUCCGCCCCUCCGAUCCGCCCCUCGUGCUCUUCGGCCGCACCUUCACCGACCGCGAGACCCUCGGCGGCCUUGUCCUCCUCUCCGCCCUCGUCGUCUUCCUCACCUCUGUCGGAUCAAUCAUCGUCUCCGCCCUCGUUGCUGGCGCAGGCAUCGUCGCCGCUCACGGAGCCUUCCGCGUCCCGGAGGAUCUGUUCCUCGACGAGCAGGAUCUAGGCAACGCCGCCGGAUUGUUAUCCUUCCUCGGCGGAGCCGCCUCGGCAGCUGUUCCCGUACGCAUCUGAUCCUCAGAUCUGAUGGUUGCUGGUUUCUCCUCCCUAUCGUUUCUUCACCACUGCAUUAGAUCUCACAUUACACGGUAAAAAAAGAUCUUUUUUUUAGAGUGAAAUUUUCAUUUUGAAUCCUUACGAUAAGCUAAUAUUUGAUUAUUUAACAACUAAUUUGAUUCUUUUUAUAUAAUGUACACUAGUUCUGUUCUAACUCCACUUUCUCUUGUUCUGUUCUAAACAUAAGUUGGUUUUUUUAUUACCAAUUAUACAUUUGUCUGCAAACAUGCACAUCAAGUGAAGUUGCUCAAUGCAAUAUGUAUAGUGAAAUAAAGCUAGCAAUUUUCGAUAUGUAUCAGAUUAAAAUGGUCAAGGAAAACAUUAGCAAAAUCACUCUCAAUUGUUCAUGUCUCAUAUGCAAAGUUGGGGCAGUUUUUACUGAAAAAUAAAGCCCCAAACUGUAGAAACAUAUCCACAAAGAAGAGUGCUUAAUUGCACUUCAGAGUUCAGAUAAUAGGAACGUAAUUUGAAAGGAUACUGUGUUUGAAUUUAUUUACCCUCACUUAUUCAUCCCAUUUAACAUAUUCUGCUAAUUCUGCCCACUCUGUCGCACAUUUAUCUGCAUGGCUGACCUGAAUAGCAUGACAACAUAAGUUCAAUAGUACGUCCAAAGAUCAUAAGUUAAUCCCUUUUAAGAUACUGAGAUAUUAUAUCUCUUGAACAAAACAUUUGACAGCAUGUACCUACCUUAACUUUGUAAUAUAUUCCUACAUAUUUAACAUGAAGUAAACAGCCAAAAAAUCUCAUAUAUUUUAUUUCAUUGAUGUAACAUGAGCAACUUCACUCGUAAAUUUAAACUGCAUGUAUUGGUGUGGUUAGAAGGGGAAAAAAAUGAUCUCUUGUGCUGCUUUCGUUGCAACCAAGACAGUACCUGAUUACUUACAAAUCCUUGAGCACCGCUAGAAAAUCUCCAUGCUUCGCCCCGUCAAGCCUCUCAAGUUCACUUGCAUUCCUUUCCUGCAUAGUAGUUUUGCUAGCCAUUAGAUCAAUUGAAGAAAGAUAAGCUUUAACUGCGAUCUUGUGUUCGCAAAAGAAUUGCAUGUGUUUUGUUCAGCGAAGAUACAGCUUGUAAAUUGAAGAAAACAUAAGAGAUUGUAUGCAAGUUAUCACAAGUGGUCUCAGAAGAGGAUAAAGAUAGAAAGGAGCAGGAGAAGCAUCCUCAUUGUCUUUUUAAAACUACCAUAAAAAGUUUAUCAGUCUGCUGAUGGCUCAUGAUUGCUAGAUUGGGAGAUGUCAUCAAAUGUCUCUUCAAACAGAUUAUUCAGCAGGCUUUGUAACUGUAACAACAGCGAGGCUUCCGAGAAUCCUAGAAAUGACUUGAGCUCGUUGAUACUCCCCAUCGCUGGAUGAGCAACCCGCGUAAGGGUCAGCGAUGCGGUCGGCAAGGGCGACCACAUCCUUGAACCGCCUACGGACGCCGGUUUACCCAUGGCCGCCAUCACCGACCAGAGUGCUGAUGAGGAAGAUGAUUGAUAUGGCAAACAAGACAGACCUACGAAGUCGAGUCAAAGUGAAGACAAACGGGUGACGUGGCAGUCGAAGUCAAGAAAGGACUAAUGUUGGGAUACUCCGGGAGCUAGAGGAGGGUGAAUAGCUCGUUUCGCUUUGUUGAUGAUGGUUUGUAGCUGAAAACACGAAGUGAAGUUCCACCAAUGCUAACACAAAGAAUUUACUUGUUAUCCACCUUAACGAGGUGACUAAUCCAA